AUGAGCGACCAUCUCCCCUUGAGUGCCAAGCUUUCCCUAGACUGGCAGUCUAUCAAGUCCAGACACCCCAUAUAUAUGGGAAUAAAUACUGCAGAACAAGUGAGAGGAAUAAAAUGGUCAGUAACUCAAGCCCAAAAAUAUAUGGAAUUUUUCCAACAAGAGAUAAUUCAAACUCAUGUUGCUUUGGAUUUAGAUUUGUAUGGGCAUGAACAAAUUAUUAAUUCAUUUUCUCAGCUUACAGAAGAUCUUAUGUCCUUUUUUACAGUACCAGCCAUCCAAGUAAAUCGGGCCCAUUUUAAGACCGGUGCCCCUUGGUUCAACUUAAAAUGCAAACAAGCUAGACGACAUCUCUGUGCCAUUUACAAUGAAUAUAAAUCUUCUGGUGCUUUAGUAUUACCUAGGAAUUACCAACAAGCAAAAACAGCAUAUAAGCAAGCCCAGAGAAUGGCUAAGCAAGAGUGGCAACAAAAUCGCUGGCAGGCGCUUAUAGUCGCCUCUAGUUCAUGUAGCUCACGGCAAUUUUGGCAAUUGGUUAAUAGAAGAUCAAGGAGAUACCCCUUAACCAGAAAUACUGCCACGGUCUGGGAAUCCUUUUAAGGAAAUAUUUUGCGUCACCAGAUUCCAAAACCAACGCUCUUGAUGUUGUAUUUUACCAUCUCCCUAUAAGGCCUCCUACUGACCCCGAUGAAAUCUUGAAUUUAAUCUCUAAACUUAAAAUCGGCAAAGCCCCUGGGCCAGAUUUGGUUCCGGCGGAAGCCAUAAAACUACAUUCCGACUGGUGGGCAAAAAUCCUGGCUGUUACUUUCGAUGCUAUUAAUGCAACUGGAAGGGUGCCAAAAAUAUGGAAGGACGCUAUUAUAAUCCCAAUAUAUAAAAAAGGCUCCCCAGACAACCCAGAGAAUUAUAGGAAUAUUAGUUUACUGUCAAUAGUUGGAAAGAUAUAUGCACGUUUUCUGCUGAAUAGACUUAUCCAAUGGGCUGAAAAAAAGAAACUGAUAGGCCCCGAGCAAGCAGGAUUCAGACCGAACCAGUCAACUACAGACCAUGUUUUAGUCUUGCACCAUCUAGCCCGGAAAUAUUCCUCUUCAAACCGAGGCCAACUUUGUGCGGCUUUUAUCAACCUUAAGGCUGCAUUUGACAGGAUCCCAAGAAGGUUACUCUGGGAAAAGUUGGCCCGAAGGGGAAUUGAUAGAAGACUUUUAUGGUUAAUAAUCCAGCUGCAUGAGGGGUCGGCUGCUAGGAUGAGAAUAACCCCAGCCGGCGAUCUCACAAAUUCUGUGCCCAUCAACAGAGGAGUCCGGCAAGGAUGUAUCCUAGCUCCUUUUCUUUUCAAUUUAUUCAUUAGUGACAUGAGGAUACCAUUGGCUGAAUCUCAGGAAAUCACCCAUGCCCCCGCCUCGCAAACUAUCGUUGCCCAUUAUUACUCUAUGCUGAUGAUGCUGUGAUUUUAUCCUUCUCAAGAAUUGGCCUCAGGAGAGCAUUAAAACUAUUUGUUUCAUAUUGUAAAACAAAUUCCCUCACUAUAAAUCAAUCUAAAUCCAAAGUACUAAUUUUCUCAAAAAGUCGGAAAUCCUAUAAGUGGCAAUUAGAUGGAAAACCUAUUGAACAGGUCUAUAAAUUUCAAUACCUGGGAGUUUUUCUCCAAUAUAAUCUGGGUUGGAAGGCGCAUAUUGCACAUAUUUUAAACAAGGCCAAGGCCCUAUCCUUUGCGCUUUUGCGCUUUUUCUUUUCGGACGGGGCUCUUCAUGUUCCAUCUGCCUUGAAAGUAUUCAAAGCUAAAGUAAUUGCAACAUUGGCAUAUGCUGUUCCUUUAUGGGGGACCGCAGUAAACUUGAUGACCUUGGAGGUAAUUCAAAACCAAUUUCUAAGACGACUGCUAAAACUUCCUCAGUGCGUUAGUAACGCAGCUAUUCGCUUAGAAUUAAAAACUACAUCUUUAGAAAAUACUCUUUGGAGGCGCAGCCUUUGUUACUGGUUGUCCUUAAGGCAUAGGCUCCCGAAUCUGUAUUUGAUCCAAUGCCUCUGGAGAGAUAAUUUUCCUGUCCUAGGGGCAAAAGAGAUCCAUUCCAAAGUAGUGACCUAUGGAUUGUCUCCAUCAGAAUUAUUGGAAUUGGACCUAGCCACAGCAAAAAAACCCUCACUCAAAAACUUGAGGAGAUUGACCUACAACAAAACACCAUUUUGGGUAGUGGCACUUGCUCACCAUUAA